CUCCUCCAGUUUCAGGGAUGGGAAGGCCACACGCCGCGCACAUACGCACACGGGUGUCUACACGCACUUCCGUGAGCACAAAGAGAAGCAGAAAUGCCCUCAAGGACACCGCCACACGACCCGCCACUCUUACACAUAACCACAAAAACAGACACACACAAACUGUGUUCAUACCCGCCUGCACGGGCCAACAGGGCCCUGUCACAGGCAGACAGGCCUACACACUUGUGACUCACCACCAAAUGUGUGUUGACACGUUUAACCCCAAACCUCCCCUUUCCUGAUCUCACGUGGCCUGUGGGACUCUGUGCUGUUGAAUAACACACACGCUGUCCUCACACGCGGGCCAGACUCACGGGCUCUGGUGACAGAGAAAGCUGGUUCCGGGUCUGAGCUCUGCCACUCCUGGUUGUGCAACCUUGAGCAGCCCAUGUGACCUCUCUGUGCCUCCGUUUUCUGUCCCAUAAAAUGGAGAAAUCACCGAGAUCACACGUAUAACACUGGGCCAGGCUCAGAGGUCUCUGAACCCAACACAAGCUUCUCAUUAACUCCAUUUUAGAGAUGAGCAAACCGAGGCUUAGGAAGGUGGAGCUAAUUCUCCUGAGGUCCCUGGUGGUUAAGGACAGAAACUGCCCGUACCCUGAAAGGGUCAGACAUGGGCUCAGACUCUGGAGGACACAGAGUGGGGAGCACGUGGGCAUGCUCAUACUCAGGCACAGGCGUAGAGAGCCCGGACACACACACACAGGGGACCCGCCUCAGAGGACCCAGGGGGCUUUGAAAUGCACCCUCAUCCUUGUACGGCUGCGCCUCUGCCCCUCAUGGCCCUGCACCCCAGGGUCACCGGCAGUCUCUGGUUAAUGAUAACCCUGAUGUUUAUGCAGCCCUGGGGAGGGCUGACAGAGAAGCAGGGAAGGCAAGCAGGGCUGGGGGCACCUGGCCAGCUCCAGCCCGUCCUUGGCUUCUCCCCCUCACAAGGCCCACUGUUCCAGAGUGGAGCAACUCAGCCACUUUCUACCUGGGUGAUGCUGGGCACAUGACGUAACCACUCUGAGGCUCAGUUUCUCCUUCUGUAAAAUGGGGAUAAACUCGUAGUCAGCUCAGAAGGAAGCUGGUGCUGUUAAGUCUUCUGGGUAUGUGCAGCCGUAGCCAGAGAAGCUGUGUGUUUUCCUCAGGAGCCGGAGGAGAGUGGUUAGGUUUAGAUCUGUCCAGGGCCAUGAGGUGAAUCAUUCAACCUCCUCGUGCCUCAAUUUUCCCAUCUGCGAAGUGGGGACCAGUAGUAUGGGACCCACCUCACGGGGCCGUUGUGAGAACUGAAUAAAUUCAUGUUAAGUCAGGCAUACAGGAAGUGCUCAAUGAUUAUUAUUACUGCUGUUUCAGGUUGGGUAACAAGUGUCAUUUAUUUAUUUUUCUUAUUUAAUGGGCAGAAUCUAUCGAAAUUGCUAAAAGCUUAGUCCAAAUGAAAACGACCAGUAUCCAUGAGUUCAGAUCUCCCAAGAAAGAACACAAAAAUCACACAGAGAGGCCCUGGAGCUGGCUUCCUGGACUUGAGCACUGGCCCUGCCCCAGCUGGUAACCCAAAUCUCAAAUUAACUUGACCUCUCUCCUCAGUGUUUCCAUCUGUAAAAUAGCCAUAUAAUAAGAUCAACCUCAGAGGGUUGUGAUGAGGUCGGCGUGAGCCGAUAGACAAAGUUUUAGGACAGGGCCUAGUGCAGAGCCAACGCUGAGGAAGGGGGGGUGGCAUCCUCACCAUCAUUUUUCCCCUGAGUUGGUGGUUCCUUGUCCCAGUGGGUGGUGGGUACGCAAGGGGUUAAUUUCAGGCUGGCGAGGGAGGCUGUGGGUUUGGGGCUGGGCAGCUGCCCUGCUGAGUGUGGCCACCAGAGGGAGCAGCUGGACCCCUCUAAGCCUUGGUGACCGGGCACAUCACACCCUCUUGGGAGCCCGGGGAGGGGGCUGGCUGGGCGUGGCCAGGAUGGCUCCAGCCCCCCAGUGGUCUCUCCUCCCACCCCCUCCGCCUGCCGAGCCAUCCGGUCCCCACCCUGGUGACAUCCUCCUCACACUCCGAGUGGGGUGGAGUGGGGAAUCUGGGGAGGGGGCUGGCUGAGAGGGGUCAGGGCAGCUCCAGCCCUUUGUGGCCCCUCCCCUCCCAUGGGGCCAUCCAGUCCCUUCCUUAGGGCUGCUCUUCCUACGGCCUCUGACCCCCUCCUCCUUCUUAGGCUGCAUUGCCGGGCGCACCCAGUGCCCAGUGAGUCCCUUUCCCAAACCUCUAAGGAGAAGGGGCGUGGGAGGAGGGGAAGAACAGGGAACUGGAAAGGGUGGUGAGAAAUAAAGACACCAGACAGCGGGACGCGCGCACUGGCUCGCGCACACACACCCCAACAGAGAUUGAGAGACAGAAACAGAGACAGAGAGAAACAGAGACAGAGAGACAGACGGAAAUAAAGACAGAGAGUGGGAAGCUGACUAACUCACUGAGUCAGAAACACAAAGAGAGAGAGAGAGACAGAAAAGGAAAGAGAAAUAGACAAUUAGACACCCGAGGGAUACAGGAAGAGAGAGAGGCUGAAAGAGAGACGGAGAAAGGAGAGACAAGCCGGGACAGAGUGUGCCAGCUGGCGGGAUGGAGGGUCGCCUGGUGCGGCAGAUGUAGCGGCCCCAGCCCGCUGAGCUGGGUGGGCAGAGAGAAGCCGGAGCCCGGCGGGGGUGAGGGGCAUGGGAGGGGCAGGCGUGCUUCUACUGCUGCUGGCUGGAGCCGGCGUGGGGGUGGCCUGGAGACCACCAAAGGGGAAGUGUCCUCUGAGCUGCUCCUGCUCCAAGGAUAGUGCCCUGUGUGAGGGCUCUCCGGACCUGCCCGAGAGCUUCUCCCCGACCCUGCUGUCACUCUCACUCGUCAGGACUGGAGUCACCCAGCUGAAGGCCGGCAGCUUCCUGAGGGUGCCCACACUGCACCUGCUCCUCUUCACAUCCAACUCCUUCUCUGUGAUUGAGGACGAUGCAUUCGCGGGCCUGUCCCACCUGCGGUACCUCUUCAUUGAGGACAAUGAGAUUGGCUGCAUCUCUAAGAACGCUCUCAGAGGACUCCGCUCCCUCACACACCUGAGCCUGGCCAAUAAUAAUCUCGAGACCCUCCCCAGAUUCCUGUUCCGAGGCCUGGAGACCCUAACUCACGUGGACCUCCGCGGGAACCCGUUCCAGUGUGACUGCCGUGUCCUCUGGCUCCUGCAGUGGAUGCCCGCCGUGAAUGCCAGCGUGGGGACUGGGGCCUGCGCCGGCCCCACUGCUCUGGCCCACAGGCAGCUCCGCCACCUCGACCCCAAGACGUUCAAGUGCAGAGCCAUAGAGCUGUCCUGGUUCCAGACGGUCGGGGAGUCGGCGCUGGGCGUGGAGUCUUUCUCCUACCAGGGGGAGCCCCACAUCGUCCUGGCGCAGCCCUUCGCGGGCCGCUGCCUGAUCCUCACCUGGGACUACAGCCUGCAGCGCUUCCGGCCUGAGGAAGAGCUGUCCGGUGAGCCCCCCGCCCCCCGCCCCGACUUUCCAGCCCCCUGCCUGCCCAAGAGCCUGCCUGGUGGGCCUGACCUGCCCCGCGGAGGAUAUCCUGGAGGUGGUACUGGGCCAGCCAGUGAGAUCGGGCUGAGAAAGGACCCCUGUGGUGACACCACUCACCGCAGGCCACCAGGGCUGUGCGGCGAGGCCAUGUCCCUGGCAUUCCUGGGUGCAGCUCCUCAGCAUGGCGCGCAAAGCUUCUUGCAAGCUCCCUGUGGCACAGAGGUCAUGGACACAGUUCUCCAUGUGGACCAGAGGCUCCAUGUGCUCAUUGUAGGCCCUGUGGGGCCUGUCGUGGGUGCCCAGCAGUCUCCAUAA